UAUUUUUUUUGUGGGACUAGAAUGAAAAAUAUCCCGACACAAAAUGGCCUCGAGAAUGAAAAAUAAAAAUGGAGGGAAAAUAAAUGUUAAACCCUAAUGACCAGUAAACUCAAAUUCGUGGUACAUGUCUCCAUGCAACUUCAACCAAAUCAAAUAGCAAAAUAAAGAAACCAUUUUUGUGCUUCUAUUCCAUGGCGAGGCUUCUCCGAAGUACCUUUUUCCUUAAUCGCUCUUUCUUCCACCAUCACCUUCCAACGCGCUUUUGUUCCAAAAAUGGAGUUUUGGGCACAUCUCAAGUUUUGAGCUUUUCAACCAAUAAAGGUAAGAAGCGCUCUAAAUCAGAUGGAAGUGACUCGGGUGAAGAGAACAUGUCUAAGAAAGAUUUGGCCCUACAACAAGCCAUGGAUCAGAUCACCUCUACAUUUGGAAAGGGAUCGAUCAUGUGGCUUGGUCGUACUGUCUCACCCAAAAAUGUACCUGUGGUGUCAACCGGUUCUUUUGCUCUUGAUAUAGCGCUAGGAAUUUUCGGUCUUCCCAAGGGACGUGUUGUGGAAAUAUUCGGUCCAGAGGCUUCUGGGAAAACAACUCUUGCUUUGCAUGUUAUUGCAGAGGCGCAGAAGCAAGGAGGCUAUUGUGCCUUUAUUGAUGCUGAGCAUGCACUUGACAAGUCACUUGCAGAAUCUAUUGGCGUAAAUACUGAGAACUUGCUUCUCUCACAACCAGAUUGUGGUGAACAGGCACUUAGCCUCGUGGAUACCUUAAUUCGGAGUGGUUCGAUUGAUGUCAUUGUUGUCGACAGCGUAAGUGUGGCUGCUCUUGUUCCUAAAGGUGAGCUUGAUGGUGAGAUGGGUGAUGCUCACAUGGCAAUGCAAGCUAGGUUGAUGAGCCAGGCUCUUCGGAAAUUGUGCCACUCCUUGUCACUUUCACAGUGUAUAUUGAUUUUUAUAAACCAGGUAAGGUCGAAGAUUUCUACUUUUGGCGGAUUCGGUGGGCCUACUGAAGUUACUUGUGGUGGUAAUGCUUUGAAAUUCUAUUCUUCUGUGAGGCUAAAUAUCAAAAGAGUAGGGUUUGUCAAGAAGGGUGAAGAGACUGUAGGAAGUCAGGUUCUUGUCAAGGUUGUGAAGAACAAGCACGCCCCUCCAUUUAAAACUGCACAAUUUGAGCUUGAGUUUGGCAAGGGCAUAUGCAGAGAAGCAGAGAUUAUAGAGCUGAGCAUAAAACACAAAUUCAUAAAAAAGAGUGGUUCGUUUUACGAAUAUAAUGGCAAGAAUUACCAUGGCAAGGAUGCACUAAAAAGUCACCUGAUCAACGGCGAUGGCUUACAAGAUUUAACUACAAAGCUUCGAGAAAAGCUUCUCAAUGCUGAGACGGAAACCGUUUCAGAAUCACAAGAGAUGGUUGGAGAUGUUACGGAAGAAAUGUUAUCACCCGAUUCUACUGAUGAAGAAACUGCUGUUGUUGCAGAAGCUUGAAUUUACACAUAAUCUUGAACACAAGUUAACAACUGAUGCACUCAAAAUGAAGGUGGCUUUAAAACGCAGCUUGUUUUGAUUUUGGACUGACAUUAUUCCUUACAGCCACUUGGCACAUUGCCUUUGUAAAUUAGAUUUCUUUUUGUUGGCAAUUUUAUGAUGGCCAUGAGUCACGUGGCAUGUCAAAGUUUUGUGGGUAUGGAAUCAAGUUUUGUGACUAUCUCUAGUUAGGAAUCAAGUGUCAAUGCUAGUCAAGAUUUUAUUGUGGAUGAGUCAUGUCUCAAAUUGCAGUAUUGGUGCAUAUAUCUCAUUCUGGCAUAUGAUUUUAUUCUGGGUAAUGCUAUUUGUUGCGAUGUUUCAAACUCAA